CUAGAGAUUUCCAUCGCACACCUCUCUAGUCUCCAUCUGUCGGGACGCCGCAUCUCGCUUUCUACCAGUUGCUUUGUCUCGCUUUCAUCCUCUCCGCGUCACUUGGGUUUCGUCAGCGUCAAGUACUCCGCUUCCGCCCGAAGACUUCGCCUUCUCUUGGCUUGCUCACCGGCUACGUCUCUUUGAUCCUAUUGCUUCGGUGCGUGGAGAUUGAGAUCUAAACGACAACUAUUUUCUUUUGGUUAACCGGUUCGCAAGAAGUGCAGAUGCACAUCUGGUUCCAAAUUUGUGCUUCGAUCGUAUCUAGCUGCCAGCUUGGUCGUCGACACGUUUAUUUCCAUAGUUGUGCUCCCAUUCUUGCUUCGCCGAUUGUUUCGUUUUGGUGCACAGCUGAUCUCGUUUGUGUCAAAUGCAUAAGGUUGUCUCAGGUCGGAGAUUUCCAGUUGUGCUCAUUGCGACCAAGACGAAGAAGACGACGACGAUCCGUCCACGACGACCGUCUCCUCCACGGGCGUAUUGACGCCACAACCCGCUAUGGGUACCUUGAGUUGGCCAUCGAGCAGAUGGCAGAGACCGCAGAUGCUAGCAACGCACUUGACCAUGGGCUUCACUACCUUCGGUCAACCGGCAAUGCAUGUGCGGCGAGGGCGCUGUUAUGGUGGGGAUGGGAUAACUCUGAUGCUCACGCUGAGUUGUAUACACAAGAUGAAGUACCUAGCCUUCCGGUCACACAAAACUCUCCAACAACAUCUUUGGCGAAACUAUCUACCUGUAGCAACGAAAGAAACGAGGGUGAUGACCAACGUACAAGUGAACUCAACAAGCAAGAUUUAUCAUCACCACCGAAAAGGUAUUUGCUUUUUGUGCACCUAUCAGGAUCACCAUCACUUUUGGACCAUGAAUGCUAGCUUUUAGCCUAUUUGUGGAUCUAUACAUAUGGACUUAACACCUGCAAGCACACUGUUGCUAGGUCUUGAUGUACGGUGGUUGAAUGCUACUUACUAUAUAUUUUUUAUUGUAGUCUAAAUUAACUC